UGAAUACCGUUGACUAAACUCUUCCUUUUUCUUGUUUUCAGACACAAACCCAAUGAAACCUUCCUUUAUGCAUAGAUAGGAACUUGCUCUCAAGCUGCCAAAGUCCAAACCCGAUUUUAGAAAAAACCUCACAAACAGCAAACACACAAAAACCUAAUUCCUCUCUACUACACAAACAUCUCAAGUUCAAUCACAAAGCUCGAAUUUUAUUUAAAAUUGCUUUCUUAAAUGGGUGAGAAAGAUUCAGAAACAGCUCCGAUUUGGGGAAAAACCCGACAGAGAGAGAGCAACAACACACAACAACACCCAAUGGAUGUUGAAUCUACUUCUCUAUCUGGGCAACAACAUCGAUCUAUGAAUCGUAGUCGAAGUUCUUAUGAAGAACGAGGAAGAGGAGUUAAGGAGUUUAGGAGCUGGUUUCCUUGGCUCAUACCCUGUUUCGUUUUCGCUAACGUUGUCGUGUUCGUGAUCACUAUGUAUGUCAACAAUUGUCCCAAGAAAUCUGGAGAUUGUUUUGCUGAUUUCUUGGGUCGCUUCUCGUUUCAGAACACUAGAGAGAAUCCUCUUCUCGGUCCUUCCUCUUUAACGUUACAAACAAUGGGUGGCUUAGAUGUAAAGAAAGUGGUUAAACAAGAUGAAGGAUGGCGUCUACUAUCUUGCAACUGGUUACAUGGAGGAGUUGUUCACUUACUCGUUAACAUGUUGACUCUUUUAUUCAUUGGUAUACGUAUGGAACGUGAAUUCGGUUUUAUUCGGAUUGGAUUGCUUUAUUUGAUUUCAGGGUUUGGAGGAAGUAUAUUGUCAGCUCUUUUCCUGCGCUCAAACAUCUCUGUUGGAGCAUCUGGUGCUGUGUUUGGUUUACUUGGAGGAAUGCUCUCUGAGAUCUUUAUCAACUGGACAAUCUAUUCUAACAAGGUUGUGACGAUUAUAACUCUUGUACUAAUUGUGGCGGUGAACUUGGGACUUGGUGUGCUCCCUGGAGUUGAUAACUUUGCUCAUAUUGGAGGGUUUGCUACUGGUUUUCUACUUGGAUUUGUGCUCUUAAUCCGUCCCCAUUAUGGAUGGAUCAACCAAAGAGACGCUCCUGGAGCUAAACCCCACAGGUACAAGAUGUAUCAGGGCAUAUUUUGGACCAUCUCUCUUCUCCUCUUGGUUGCUGGGUUCAUUGCUGGAUUGAUCUCUCUCUUCAACAAUGUCGAUGGAAACGAACAUUGUUCAUGGUGUCAUUACCUUUCAUGUGUUCCAACUUCUAAAUGGAGCUGUAACCGAGAACCAGCCUCUUGCACGACGACUCAAUUAGGUAACCAAUUCAGCAUGACUUGUUUGAGAAAUGGGAAAUCAGCAUCUUACAUUUUGGCAAAUCCCCCGGACUCACGGAUUAAUAGCUUAUGUGUUCAGCUUUGCCGUUGAUUUUUAUUUACUGAUUUUUAGAAUAUAUACAAACACACUCCUGUACACUCUGUAAUUCUCUUCUUCUCCUUCUCAUUUUUUCUUGCUUUAUUGUGUAAAUUUUUAUAGGAGCCUCCUUGUUGAAUAAAUAAGUACAGUGUUUUCUUGAAUUAUUAUAUGUUUGAGUUCUCUGGUAAA